AUGCUCAUCAUUUUGGCGAACGAAAACAAACCGAGGGAUAGAAAUUCCGUUGACCGUAUCGUAUCCAGCGAAAUACCAGAUGCUGACCAAAAUCCUCAAUUGUAUGAAAUGGUGAAGAGUCGUAUGAUUCAUGGACCGUAUGGAGUACUAAACAAAAAUUCCCCUUGUAUGCAAGAUGGAAAGUGCACUAAGGAAAUUCCAAAAGAGUUGCGGAAUGAGACCGCUCCAAAUAAGGAUGGCUAUCCGCGAUAUCGAAAGCGAGAUAAUGAAGUCAUUGCCAAGGUGGGAAAGUAUGAGGUUGACAACCGAAAGGUAAUUUUGUAUAACCCACGCUUACUCAUGAAAUGGGAUGCUCAUAUUAAUGUGAAAGUCUGUGCAACUGUGAAAAGUAUCAAGUAUCUAUUCAAAUAUGUUUACAAGGGACACCAUUGCGCUAAUAUUAAACUGGAACUACCUGUUAAAGACUGUGCAAAUUUUGCCAAAACUCUGCAAUGGAAUAAAAUUAAAGCGCAUCUCGACGCUAGAUAUGCCGGUGCACCAGAAGCUGUAUGGAGACUCUUUGAAUUUCCACUACAUGACAAGUCUCAUUCUAUUAUCCGAUUAGUUAUUCAUCUUCCCAUUAUGCAAUCCGUCUAUUUUGCAGAAGGAAAUGAAUUAGAAGCGUUGGAUCGAGCAACUGAGAAGGAUAAAACCCUCAUUGCAUGGUUCAAAUUAAAUCGUGACAACUUAGAUGCCAGAAGAUAUCUGUAUCAUGAUAUUCUGAAUCACUUCGUUUUCGACCGAGAAACAAAUGGAAGCGUCGACAGCAAGUGUGAUCCAUCACUAACGCUAACAGCCGAGGAUUUUAUGCGCUACUUCGACGCUGAAACAGCAGAAGCAAUGGUGCUCUAUGAUAUUGAAGCGAUGUUGGCAGAACAAGGGCGAAGUUUUAGCGACUUUGGCAUACUAAUACCAUCCAUGUUUUGUCCAUUAUAA